AUGGAGUAUGGUGAGUGUACAUUGCAUGCGGUACUCGGACGAAGAGUGAUUCUCUGCUGUCUAGUUCGUCUCGGGAACUCGGGCUUGAAAGUGUCCAAGAUCAUCUUGGGCUGCAUGUCGUACGGCGACCCCGGUUGGCAGGACUGGCUCCUGGGUGAGGAGGAGGGCAUCAAGCAUAUCAAGUUUGCGUACGAGCAUGGUAUCACGACGUUCGAUACAGCCAACGUCUACUCGAACGGUCUCUCGGAGGUCAUCCUCGGAAAUGCGAUCAAGAAGCUCAACCUCCCCCGCGAGGAGCUCGUUAUCCUGACCAAGGCGAGUACACCGGUCUACUGUCCGGUAGGGCCCAACUAUGGCACGAACACGGUAUUGAACCCCGCGGCCGCGGAGAGCAUCAUCAACCAGAAGGGGCUGAGCCGCAAGCACAUCUUCGACUCCGUGAAAGCGAGCUUGAAGCGCCUGCAGCUCGAGUACAUCGAUGUCCUCCAGUGCCAUCGCUUCGACUAUACUACGCCGAUUGAGGAGACGAUGCAAGCUCUGCACGACGUCGUGAAGGCAGGAUACGUCCGCUACAUCGGCAUGAGCUCCUGCUACGCCUACCAAACUGAUGCUUCCACAGACUAUGCGAUCACGCACAAUCUGACGCCGUUCAUCUCGAUGCAAAACCACUAUUCGCUCAUGUACCGCGAGGAGGAGCGCGAGAUGUUCCCGACGCUGAAGAUGUAUGGGGUCGGCUCGAUCCCGUGGUCGCCGCUCGCGCGCGGCCUGCUCAGCCGGCCGAAUGCCGCGUCGUCCAAGCGCGGCGACACCGAUCCGAUCCUGGCUAGGUAUAAGACCGAGGCCAACCUGCAGGUCGUCGACCGCGUGGAAGAGCUCGCGAAGAAGAAAGGCGUGAAGAUGGCGCAAGUCGCGCUCGCGUGGAUCUUUGCGAAGCCCGGUGUGUCCGCGCCCAUCAUCGGGACGACGAACCUCACGAACCUGGAGGAGCUCCUCGGUGCGCUGGACAUCAAGCUGUCCGAGGAGGAGGUCAAGUAUCUGGAGGAGCCGUACAAGCCGAUGAUCGUCGUUGGGGCUCUUUGA